UUAAUGCUUCCCUUCCCAAAAUCCCCUAUGAUUCUAUGAGCUCUUCGUUCUCCAAAACAAUUCAGAUGGAAGCUCCAAAUCCCUUCUUCUUCUCUUCUUCUUCUUGAAGUGUAGAACCCCAAAAUGGAGAAACAAAUCCUUGACUUCUCUCUGGUUCCCUUAGGCCUCUGUUUACUGCUAGCUUAUCAUAUAUGGCUUCUCCAUCGAAUCAUUAAGCAUCCGACGAGCACAAUCUUAGGCAUCAAUGGCGUCAAUAGACAAGUAUGGGUCCGAACCAUGAUGGAGGACGUGUCGAAGAAUGGCAUCCUUGCCGUGCAGACGCUGCGAAACAACAUAAUGGCAUCGACUGUUUUGGCAUCAACGGCGAUCAUGCUUAGUUCUGUCCUUUCCAUAAUCAUGGCCAACUCGAAAGCUCGGCCGUCGGAAAUUGUUCUUGGAGCCGAGAGUGAGCUAGGGUUUUGGAUCAAAUUCUUGUCUAUCUUGGUCUGCUUUCUUAUGGCUUUCUUGUUUAACAUCCAGUGUAUAAGAUAUUACAGCCAUGCAAGUAUGUUGAUCAAUGUUCCAGUGAAGAAGAUGUCAAGCUCACAUUUGAGGGCAGAGUAUGUGAAGAGGACAGUGAACCGAGGGAGCUGUUUCUGGUCACUGGGCUUGAGGGCAUUUUACUUCUCUCUUCCAUUGUUUUUUUGGCUCUUUGGUCCUAUACCUAUGUUUUUGUGCUGCGUUGUGCUUGUUUUUAUGCUUUAUUUUCUGGACGUUACUUUUGACUAUGGAGGGGUUGUUGAUGAGGAAGAAGAGUGGUGAGAGAGAGAGAGAGUAUAUUGCCAAUAAGGGUAAGAAAAUUGUGCUUUGAUGAUGAUUUAAUUUGAUAUUGUGCUUAUGCUAGUGGCUUUUUUAUGA